UAGUUCGAACGAAGAAUCACAUUGCCUGAUGGAAUUAAGGACGCUGACAUCAAAGCUCAUAUGUCAGAGGGCAUAUUGAUAGUGACUUGGCCUCGACAGCCCACGAGUCAAGGAUCAUCUACCAGUGUACCGUUCGCUUCCUCGAAAUGACUCAUUGUCAAUGCUAUUGGUCUUAUAUCAUGAUCUGCUGUGGCAAUAUUGUUUCACAUUCGUUGACUCCUUCCUUCCUCCUUUCAUUGGAAAUUAUCCGGAAAUUCUCACUCAUUAUAUUGGGACUUGGCCAGUUUUGUGGGACAUCUUAUGCUAUAAUAUUUUCAACUCCUUUUCUACAGGUUGCUUGUACUCGACCAAAUUAUCCACUUCCAUUACAUUAUAAUACCCUUCUAAUCUUGUAAACCCCUCUCAGUCUCAGUCUGUAUCCAUCAUUGCUCCACACGUCUCAAUCGCGUAGUGGUAUUACUGUAUUCUUAUCAACUGCUGCCAAAGCUGAAC